AAGGAAGUCAUUCGGACUACGGACUUCUCCAAUUUUCACGAGCAUGGCCACAAUCAGUAUGCAAAGCUAGUAGUUCGCCGCGUCUUGAACUCAUGACCAACGCUCGCCGCGCUCAGCAUCCUUCGAGGUCAAAUUCGCAUGCCAACCCAUCUGUUGGGGAAUCCGAUCUCGAUCCGCAUAUCCCUUGCCGCCUCGCAUGGCUCAUCUCUCGAUGCCAACCUGUCUGUUGGGAUCUCUCCCCCAUCCUUUGCCGCCUCGGAUGGCUCUUGUCGUUCCAAUACCCGUAACAUCAUGGGCGAAGAGCGUGACAACAAAGCCCUCAAAAUGAUGUCUGUACAUUGCCGAAAGUCCUCCGGCGGCAUUGCGGUCCUAUACGCUGUUGAGGCCAGAACGAUAGGCGGACUGCUGCAUGGCAACAAGCAAAAUUGGUGGGCUCAAAGGUCCCAGUAGUGCUCAAAUUGAAAUUCCGCAGCAUCAUGUCAUGGCGCAUGGCAUCGAUCUUGGGAUACAUGUCAAGCUCACGUCCAAAAAGAGAUGCCCUGACAGAUCAGGUAUCGCUGGAGGAUUGGAUGGGAUGCAGGAGACAGCUCUAGUCUUCAAAUUCGGAAUCUGCUUAGCCUCGCGAGCUCUACCGUGGUCCUCUCGACAUUGUGCGUGCUACAUCGGAAUAGGCUGACUCUUGCAGUGCUUCGCUUUCUGUACGCAUAUGCCACAUGCUGCUGCUUCCUGCAUCGUACUGCUUCGCGAUCUAGCAGUUUUGCGAAAGUCCCGGGAGCUGGGAUUGUUGGCAAAGUGCUGCAAUGUUUAAUGGAGCGGCGUGAAGGUCAUUCGUUGGUGUCAUCGCUAUCGGAGAAGGUCGAGGAAGCUGCUCGGAGGAGUCGGGGAAGACAUGUUGAUCGAAAAAGACGGCGGCUCGUUCGAUGUAGCGCGGCAUGGCGUGGCUCGGAUUGCGAAUGAAAUUGCAGCGCGUAGGCCAGGCCAGGCCAGGCCAGGCAGCAAACCAAAGACAGCCAGCGAAGCCUCUGGCAUGUCUCCAACAAUCCACCGCCGACGACAAUGGCAUUUGGCCUAGUGUCUUCCCACCACUUCUCGCAAGCACAUCGCCAAAGUUGAGCUUCACCCGCGGCACGGCACCUGUGGCAUAUCAUAGCUUUCACAGAGAAGUUGUCGGUAGCUUCGCCGAAGCCGAGCGACCAGCCUACCAGCUUCUCCAAAACUCACGCUCGCAGUCCAAGACUUACGAUUCCGACACGGAGGACUCUAACGUUGAGUCCGACAGCUCUACCGACAGUGAUCCAGAAGACUUCGUCGCCGUCUUCGCCGGUCUGACCAUUGGCCAACUUCGCGGCACAUCUAUUGGCAGGGCAAACGCAUCAUGGACCGACCAGCAGAAGACCGUCAUGUUCAAGAGCGCCAUUCAGCACGGCUACUCCAGCAAGAAUGUUCCUACGCCUUCGCAACUGCUCCAGCUCUGCUCCGACCUGAAUGUUCCCAUGCAUUUGGGACUGCGCGUUGCCAAAGCCUGCGUCACCAAGAUUGUCUCGUGGAUCACUAGCAACAUCGAUCAGACCAAGACUACAGGAUUGAUCACAGAAAACUGUGUCGGCAAACUGGGCAACAAGCUUCAGUAUGAGAUCUUGGUCUCUGAAGCUCUGAUCAAGGCCGUCCGCGAGCCUGACUUCUCCUUUUCCAGAUCCAUCCAGGGUGGACUUGUGCUGCGGCAACACAACGAAUGUGGGCGGUCUUUCAAGAGGAUCAAGAACAUGUCAAACUUAUCGGCAAACUCUGUGACCAAGCACGUCGUCGCCCAGCUGAGCCAGUGUGUUUCCAAAGCUCCAAAGACAAAGAAGCCUGCCGCUACCUCAGUCAAUCCUGCAUCGUAUAUCGCGGCAUACCCUGCCUCUUACCACAGUCCCCCGUAUGCCUCACCUCACUGGUCAUUUCCGGCAUCGCCAGCAUCGCCAGCAUCGCCAGGUCAGCUCGGUCCGUAUGGUGCACCUGUCACUCCGCAGUCUUCCAGCAGAUCAUAUCAAGCCGUGUCUUCUUCACCAGAGUAUGGAGGAGUCUACAGUGCUUUCUCUACGCCAGCAUCUUCGGUGGUGCCUUCAACUGGAAAUCAACAUCCAUAUCGACCAUUCAGCUCUACACAACAGUAUGGACGAGGUCAUAGCGCUUCCUUCUCGCCACCAUCACAAGCCUCUUCUGGUGGCGCUCCACACGGUCAGGCCAUGUCUUACUCGACUCAACAUCAAUACCAGCCAGUUACACCUUCACGAAAGCAUGAAGAAGCCUACGGCGCUUUCUACUCGCCAUCACCUUCCGCUGGCCAUUCUGCAACUCCAUACCACCAAGCCGCCUCCUCCUCUACUCCGCACACACGAACUGCUCAUGCUCACCACAUGGUCGCCUCUCCGCCAAAGUAUGGAUACAAUUACGGCGAUCCCGCCUCGCCAGAUACUUCCACGUCGCAUGGUGGAGCCCUGGAGAAGCCCAGUGUUUCUCACUCAAACCACCCAACGACCGCUGUCAAGCCGCCACGCUCAUCCCUGCUCGACGACCCGGAGGAGUCGUUGACGGCCACCCUGGCCGGAUGGAACCUGGGCCCAGUAGCGUCGGCGGUCAAGCAAGAAGAGCAGACCUUGGCGGCAUCCCCCUUGGAAGAGCAGCGCCUGCGGGAGAAUCUUUCUCGUCACAUCCCGCCUGAUCAAGUCGAAGACAUUCUGCGCCUGAGAAGAGAGGGCAUUCUGCGUUCUCCCUCGCGGCUGGAUGGAAUGGUUCCAUCUGCUCCUGCUGCCCAUCCUCAACAGCCUUAUUUGGCAAGCAUUGAUGCAGCUCUUCAUGCCUUUCAUCGGCCAGAUUACGGCUCGCAGCCUGCUCAGCCGAUGAUCAAGCAAGAGCAGGCUCCCGGAGCCUCGGAACCACAUCCGCCAAAUUAUCGCCAGCUUCAUCCAUCGUCCACACAAUCAAGUCAUACCCAUACUUCUCGCGACCCUCACCAAUUUGGCCGUGACCUGCAGUAUUCUCACCCAGUUCCCAGCCAGGAACAGGCUCGACCAAAUCCGCCACCGCAGACACACACACCGCCUGCCCAGGUCGCAAGCGCUGCCACUCUUCAAGGCUUUCAGAAGCUGCACUGUGGAUCACAAUUCACUCACCUAGCGCCCAGCCAAGUGCAAGUUGCCCGACCAAAAUCGUCCCAGAGUAAUCCACCUCCUGCGCAGACCGCCGGCACUUCGACUUCCCACGACGUGCAGCAGAUGCACUAUGGAUCACAAUUCGCUCACCCAGCGCCCAACCGAGAGCAAGUUGUGCGACCAGAUUCGUCCCAGGCUCAUCCACCUCCUGCGCAGACCGCCGGCACUUCGACUUCCCACGACGUGCAGCAGAUGCACUAUGGAUCACAAUCUGCUUACCCAGCGCCCAACCGAGAGCAAGUUGUCCGACCAGAUUCGUCCCAGACUCAUCCACCUCCUGCGCAGACCGCCGGCACUCCGACUUCCCAGGACUUGCUCCCGCUUCACCACGGCCCACAGUCUACUCAUCCGAUGUCGAACCCAGAACAGGCAGUAAAACACUCUGUCCCAGCCACGGCACACUCUCGUCAAGUUCACACCAUGUCAACUGAGGCAUCAAGCGAUGCGGCAUUGUCUGGUAUGCGUCCGCUGAGCUUUGGCAUGCAUUCUGCUCAUACCGGAUUCAUGCCACCGCAGGCCGCUCACAAUCACAUGGUCAUUACGCCGGAUCACCUCCAGCUCCAGAACCCAAAGCCCAUGCCAGCUACGACAGCUCACGCUGAAAAUCACAUGCCGAUUCCCCCCAAUCACCUCCAGGUCCAGUCUAUGCCAGCUACGACAGCUCACGCUGCAGGUUUGGAGAGUGCAUCUCUGAUCGAGCCUGCUCAAUCGAUUUCUCCACAAACUUUGAGUGAACUGUCGUCAGCCCAGGUGGGUGCCAAGGAAGAGAUCUCUCAGCAAUCCGACAUGCCUCCGAUGCGCGCGCAAGCACAGACAGCUCCACCAGCGUCUGUUCAGGUUCCGUCAGCUGGGAAUCCUCCUCCUUGGGACUUCGCUCCACGCCUACUUCAUGCUCUCGGACAAUGCACACCUAUCCCUUACGCCGGUGAUGGUCCGAACAUGAUCCAUGGCCUCGAAUUCCGUUCACCAGAUUCCACACAACCAGUCACACAGUCACAGCCGCAGUCAAUUCCAGCUAUGCCUUCAUCUCAGCACAAUCAGCGUCUGCACAAUCCAUUCAUCAACGAAGACGCUGCGCACAGCUCAGCCCGUGCUCCAAUGCCGCGGACUCCAGUCCUUGUUGCCGCUCAUCAACAGCCAGCGCAGAUGCCUACGAACUUCGGCACUGGACUAGAAGAGGCUUUGUAG